CUUUUGGUGUUUCAGAUGUCGGUGACCUUCGAGGAGGUGGCUGUGUAUUUCACCCAGGGGCAGGGGGCUCUGCUGGACCCCGCUCAGAGAGCCCUCUAUAGGGAUGUCAUGCAGGAGAACUACGAGACGGUGACCUCGCUGGGAUUCCCCCUUGCCAAACCUGAACUGAUUGUCCAGCUGGAACGAGGGGAAGAGCCGUGGGUGCCGGAUCUCCAGCCCUGCAAGGAAAGAAGGCUUCCGAGAUGCCCCCAUACAGUGACCAGACUGAGUUGUCCAAGAUGCACAUUCCCGUGGCGCAAGGCUGGGAGGAGAAAACUGGCUGAUGUUGCUGUGUCGUUUGCCCAGGGAGGAGAUGACGCUGAGUGGCCUGAAGGUGUCUACUACGAAGGAAAAAGUAACGGUGGUGUGGAAGAGGUGAACCUCUCUGCGACCCUUGGACGUCUGCAGCGACAGCAGAUCAAGGAGCUGUGCGCUAGCUUUGCACCAAUGUUCUCAGCCACUCCAGGACGGACCGAACUAGCAUACCACUCCAUUGACACAGGCUGCGAAAAGCACCCGCCACCUUCCAAAGACUUGUAGAUGGUGUCCUAGCAGGAUUCGGAGAAUCUGCAGUUGCCUACCUUGAUGAUGUGGCCAUUUUUUCUGAUUCAUGGGCAGAACACCUGGAGC